AUGCCCCGUCCAAAUUCAAAUAUCCCUAGCUUCCUCCCUCCUCGCCAUCUUUAUCGAAAUAUCCUCCGCGAGACGUCAUAUCUACCCCCAGCGAUUCGACCAACCAUCACCACACAAAUUCGUUCCAAGUUCCGAAAACACCACAAAUAUGACCCUCUACAAGACAAGCACCGUGCUAAGGGUGCCAAUGUCUUGCGCAAGCUGAGAGCGGCCAAUAGUGGAAGCCCGCAGUGGAUGGAAGAAUUAUUGAUGCAUGCUUUUGCAAGGAAGGGAUCCCGAAGGCGAAGCCUUAUUUCCGACUUUCUAAGGCCUCAACCUCCCAGCAACACAAAAGCUUUGGAGGCGACAAUUAAAGGCAUCCAAGAAGACAAAAAGCCGGACGAUGAGGUGGUCAAUAAACCAACCGAAACGACGAUCGAGAACGAAUAUUCUCAAGAGGAACAAAAGACAGAGGAACAAAGAGCGGAAAGCGCAGUCGGCACACCAAGCGACAAAAAGGAAGAAGCGUCCAGGAAGAUUCUAGUCAGACGUGGACCGAAGCCCCUCCAGCCUACAUUCUAUCACAAAUGGGAUAUUAUAAAACUCAGAAACCUACAAAUAUCUCAAAGAGCACGUCAAGAUUCGGCGGACAUCUCUUGGCCCAGGACUGAUAUUAGAAGCAUUCUACCUGAAAUUCCAGAAACUAAUAUCUGGGGAAAACCAACCCCCGAGAGGGUCUGCCAAGCCAAAACGGCGCACUUCUGGAAACGUUCUAUUAGCAAAAUAAUGCCACCACUCGACAAAAGCGAAUGGGAAUUUCUUGGUCAACUAUCCCAAGGCGCCCAGGAGAACGAGCAGUGGAAAAUUCCAAAAAGGAGGACAGCUGCGAAUCCUUUACGAGUCGUCAAGUCAGACAAGUCACCAACCCUGGACUGGAACUGGGAGAGUUACGCCACUCAACCCACCAACAAAAUCGAGCGCAUCAAUCCGCUUUCGCAGUUUGCACAUGUCGGUCCGGACAAAACGGAUCAUCCAUACCACCACCACUCAGAUCGCGAUCUUCAGGAACUGACGCCCAGAUGGUUCCGCCGUGCUUAUCAGAGAAUCUGGCAACUUAGCCCUAAGAUAGAAACGAGGCCAGGUAUGGGAAAGAAAGGCUUUACUUGGGGUAGUUUCAAUACUGCUAUUACUGCUCCCUCAAGAAGACAACUCGAAGUGUUCAAGGAUGUUCCGCCAAAGCCAGGUCCCAAGAAUAAGGAAAAGAAAAAAUGA